ACUAAAGAGAAAAUCAGGGAAGACUACAACGUAUGAGUUGGUGUCUAUCUGUUUACCAAAGGAUCUUCCCUCAUCGUUUUCUUCGCUAUUUCUGAACAAAGACUUAGGGAAGACUGCAACGUUUUGAGUGAGCGCCGGGCGGAACAUCAAUCAGGGUGGAGGAGCGGGCGCAUCAAUCACACCUUGGCAAGUGAUCAAUUUUCCUGGGACGGGUUUUUUCCUACAGAUGUGAGUCGUUAGGGCAGAGGGACGCCGAGGCUCAGCGCUAUACUCAGCACCCUGCGAAGCCCGACUCAGCACGACUCGCCGCCCGGGAAACCAGUGACUAGGCCACAGCGGGAGGGGCCGGACGCCGCGGACACACACGCUGGCCGAGGAUGUGAGUCCCGACGCCGCACACACGCCCUCCACGCCACCCCUCCACGCCACGCCACCCCCGCGCCGCCCCCGAUGCACGUCCCCACUGGUCAUCGCCCCGCCGUCCGCGUCUCCCCCAGCCAUGAAUGAGCCAUGCCGGUGACUGGGGGGGCGCCUCUGGGUGCGGGCGUGGGCACGGGCGAGGGCGUGGGCGUGGGUGUACCAGGAUGAGCAGGGCCGCCCAAUGACGGGAGUGGGCGUCGGGCGCGGCUCCAGGGCGGCGCUGCUGGUGUUGGUGGGCGUGAUUCUGGUGGGCGGGGCGACGGCAGGCUGUCCAAGGGAGUGUGUGUGCAAGUGGAAGGGCGGGAAGCAGACGGUGGAGUGCAUCAACAAGGGGCUGAAGACCAUCCCGCCAGGCAUCGACCACGGCACGCAGGUCCUGGACAUCACCGGGAACUCGCUCAUCAUCCUCUCCCAUGAAAAGUUCAAGGUGAUGGGGCUGACCAACCUGCAGAGAAUCUACGUGUCCAGGUGCCAACUACGACAGCUGGACGACGUGGCCUUCCGGGGCUUGACCAACCUGGUGGAGCUGGACCUGAGCUACAAUGAGCUGCCCCUCGUGCCCGCCGCCGCCCUUGAGCACGUCCCAGGCCUCAUGCGCCUCCAGAUGUCCCACAACCCCAUCAAGGUGAUCAAGAACGGCGCCUUCCACACCCUCAAGUACCUCACCACGCUGGAGAUGACCUCGUGUACCAUUCAAACCCUUGAGUCACGGGCCUUCGAGGGCCUCGACCAGCUGGAAUGGCUCAAACUGGACGACAACCACCUCAAGUCUGUGCCGCACCAGCUGUUGCUUCCCCAGUCCCUCCACGGCAUCGACAUCCACAACAACCCCUGGAACUGUGACUGCAACCUGCACGGGCUGCGAACGUGGCUGGUCAAGUACAACGUGCCAUCCUCCAUCGAGCCGCGCUGCUCCACGCCUCAGCGUCUCGAGGGCCAGGUCAUCAAGGGCAUUAAACCAGACGACCUCGCUUGCCCACCAGAGGUCAGCCCGAGCUCCCUCCUCAUUGAUGUCAUGGAGGGCAGGAAUGUAUCUUUUGAGUGCCAUGUGAAGGCCGUGCCCAGCGCUCGAAUAUACUGGAAAUUUAAUGAACAGUCGCUGGACAACAUCUCCUUUGUAUACGACGAGAGUUCGUCCUUCUACAUCUUCGAGGAGACCGGGACCAACGAGGAACGCGUGAGUCACCUCAGGAUCGAGUGGGUGACGGAUACGCACGCAGGUGUGUUCCAGUGUCUGGCUGAGAACCAGGCUGGCCUGGUGGUCACCAACUUCACGCUACGCAUAAGCCAUCCCCCGGUGAUAGAGGAGCCCCAAGAGGCAGUCAUAGAUCACCUCCUGUACAUUGGCAUCGCCCUUGUCGCCCUCAUCGUGCUGGUGAUCAUCCUCCUGUGUGUCUUGAUUAUCCGGUGCUGCCGCCGUCGCUCAGCCGCCAGAGAAAAGAUCACCGGAUCGCCAGGAGUCUCUGGCAACGGGCGGCCAAAGGACACCCCGCCUCCCGCCACCAACAACAUGCCAAAGUAUAUCCAGAUGGGCACGCCGGCACCUAAAGUCAACGGCAUUUCCAACGAUCCUCCACCGAUCUCAGUGAUCGAUACGUCACCCUUCCGCUCAGAGCCGUCCGGCACCCAACAGACUAACCCAGACCUAAUAUCUGAUGCGGCUGACGACCGAGGAAAGCCCGGAAAGAAGCGAGUGAGCAUCAUGGGAGUGGAGGAAGUGGAUUCCUGCGGGACGAGGACCACCAGAAAACUGGACGACAUAAUCGAGGAGUUUGAAGAAGGUUACGACCCCAACUACGACCACAUGCCGCCCCAGAACGAUACAGAGAACCAAUCAAGUCGAGGUAACCCGUUUUGCACGCUGCCGAGACGGAGGGAACCACCCGAGGUGGCCAACCCUUACCCCCUGACGGAGAUCCCGCCCCCGGAGGAAGUGAAUCAAAACUCUCGGUUCUACGACAGAGACGGGUUCCCCGUGGACUACGGCCUCCCGCGCAAUGGCACCGGCACCAGCACUGGCACGUGGAAGGAGGGAGGGACGGGCAACGGCCGCUCCUCCAGCUACAACCCGCUGCCGACGGAAGAAAUCCCGCUCUACGCCACCGUCAGACGCAACAGGCACAGCAUGGCGGGGCGCACGGACCUCAUGCAUGACCAAAAGUACCCUGAGGAAUACCACCUCCACGACCCGCACGACCCUCACAUGCACCCCCCCGACGGCCGGUAUCCCCAAGCGUACGGCCUCGCCCCUGAAAAGUUUGCGCAGCACAGCAGCACUCCAUGCGAGUUCUGCCCGCCGCCUGUCCACCAGGAGUACCCCAACACCGAGCCCGGGGGCCGCAUCGGCGGCGAUGGAUGCAGCUUCGAUAACCUGCUGUCGUCGUGCAGUGGCGGGAGUCAGUGCUGCUACACGGAGCAGAGCGGCCGCCUGUACGACAAUUCAUUACCUGAAAACUACCGCCCCCUGGACCCGAAACCCCCGCCCCCGGAGGGCUGGGGCGACAACGACGAGGAGACUGUCAACAUGGGCACGUGGUGCGAGCAUCCGGAGUCCCCCGGCACACGGGUUCUCUAUUCUCCCGACGACACGUACAGCGAGCAGCAGCAGCCGCCGCCGCCGCCGCCACAGGGCACCCAGGUGUGAAGGGACACCGCGACUAGUCACCACAGCACUCAUCGUUCAGCCACGUGUGCUGAUUAGGCGUCCUACUCCUGUCCGGUGAUAACACGUGUCCUGUCUACUCUUCCUAUAUAAAGCUCGCGCCAAAGAAACAAAUCAUUCUCUGCCGAGGUGAGCACGUAAUGAUCACUCUCUGGCUUCGGAACGUGAUCAAACGUGUCCCAUCUACUAACAUAUGUGAGUUUCCUCUCCAAAGAGACGGUGGUGGGUUUACUCAGGCUUCGGUGUGUGUGAUUUGUGAUAACAGAGUGAAUCAAACUGCAAACUGCAUCAUCCACCUCUAUAAAUGUUUCCUCGAAAAGGAGAACUCAAGUGUCUUGGGGAGGCUUUCGCAGCAGUGUCUGAAGCCGUAAUGCACAGGGUUCGUAUUAUUAAACAAAGAUACAAUAGGAUAAUUUACAUAGUCAUGACACCAAAGAUGACGCAACCGUACCCAAAGGUAAUGACUCAGACAAGUGAUGAGCGAAAACGUGAACACUGGGAGUGACAAAAAAAUAAAGUGAAAGGGAACGAAACAUUCAAGGACCGAGAAUGCUGCAGAGCGAUAUUGGAUAUAUACUCAAAAAUAGAUAAACGAUAGAAUGAACGUCCAUGAGAGAAAAAAGGAAGCAGAUUGUAUCGGGGCGAUCGUAAACUGGAUAACUAUUGGUGCAGCAGCGAGAGGACGUAAAGACCAAAGAGAGAGAGCGACAAAGUUUGAUCAAAAUAUAUGAAAACAGAGCUGGCAGAAAAGACCGAAGUGAUGGCAGAGAACUGGAGGGAGUCCUGUUCUGCAGCAGGGCACGCAGCACCAUUUACAGGCUCAUCGUUUCUAUAUCAUAUAUCAGUGUACAGAAUAAUCUAUUUUGUAUGAAUUUUCCUGUAGGUAAAAAAAGAAAGUUUUGUAUAUAACAUAAUAUAUCAGGAGAAAAAAUAUGAGCAGGAGAAGACUGCGUUGUUCGUCUUCACUCCAAUAUUCCGCCGACGGCCUCUCGGAGUCGUGUUUCGUGUGUCACUUCGUUUCCAUUAUGAGUUUUCUAUGUUUUUGUUCGUUGUGUGUGUACCAUUGGCGGCGGACGCGGUGGGAGUCGUCGCCGCCGCCUGACACACGCCAUAGCUGAUCACAGAAGCGAGAGAAAGAGAGGAAGAGCCUGCAGGAAGAGCGGCAGAUGGCAGUGUUCAGGGACGAUGAAAUCUAUUCCCAUAAUAAAAAUAUAUCUCUGAAUAAAAAAAAAAUCACGAACGAGAAAAAGUAACGUUCUCCAUCCCUGCGCGGCUUCUUUCAGCGCAGGUAAAUUGAUGGAGACCAGGCAGGUGAGGCGACAGGUGUGGGUGGCCUAGACAUAUAAUAUACAUGCGAGUAUCGAGGCACCUGCGCCCCGAUCACCUGUGCCGCCGAGAACAGGUGUGGGUGUCAGAGGGGCUGCUGAACUCUGACUAAACGACUGAACACUGUCAAAGAGCGCUCUCUCUCUCUCUCUCUCUCUCUCUCUCUCUCUCUCUCUCUCUCUCUCUCUCUCUCUCUCUCUCUCUCUCUCUCUCUCUCUUCUAUUUUCUAUUUUCUCUUCUUCUCUUCUUCCUAUUCUCUUUCUACACCCAAAUUUAUCUUCGUCUGUUUACACGUACCUGUCUUUUUUCGGUCCAAGUCUUUCAAUCGAUCAGUAUAAUUCUCUCUCUCUCUCUCUCUCUCUCUCUCUCUCUCUCUCUCUCUCUCUCGAUCUCUCUCUCAGUCCCACGUACUCUACCCCCUCCUUCCUUCCUCCUCCCAGACCCCUUCUUAGCAUCUCGUUCACUUCGUCGCCUCCUCAUGUCACUUCUGAGUAUGUAAACAGAGGGUCCCACGAGCCCAAAGUUUUACAAAUAAAAUAGAUUGAUA